AUGGCACAACCUCACCGUGAAGUGCCACCUACGGUUGCCACUUGCCCUCCAGGCGCGUUUUCCAUAGGCCAGAUGCGCGUCGAGAGCUUGACGCCUACUGUCAUCCGUAAAAAUCUCAUGCCCAUAAUCCUCCUUCACGGAGACUAUCAUACAGCAUCAGUGUGGCUCACUAAGCCUGACAGGCGCCCGGGCUGGGCUUAUUUCUUUGCCGAGCGCGGUCAUCGAGUCUAUGCUCCGCAUCUGCCAUUUCAUGGCCGUUCCGGUGCCUUGGUUCACUACGAACGAGUGAAAGCCAUCACCCCUCAGACCGUCGAGAACCUAUACACGGCCAUCAACAAGACCAACAACCCAGAAUGGCCAGCGGCAAAGACGCACACACAGUGGCCAGGAAGCGGCGUUCGGGGCGAUCCCUUUUUUGACGAAUAUUUCAAACAACUGGUUCCAUUGUAUAUGGACCCCCACGAGCGCCAGGCAGCCGCUCAAGAGGCAGUUGCGAGUCUCUUGCGGUUCCUGAAGCGUCCGGCUAUCCUUGUCGGUCAAGGCAGCGGCGCCAACGUUGCCUGGCUGGUAGCCGAUGUGGCCCCUGACCUCAUCCAUGCAAUCGUUGCAGUCGAGCCACUCGGGCCUCCGUUUGGCUCUGCUCUUGGGAACAUAAAUGGACAACUGGGACCGACGAGCACGUUCACAAGGGCUGCCGGCAUUCGUCAAUAUGGCCUGGCGGAUAUACCGAUGCAGUUUGACCCACCGGUUGCAGCACCAGAGUCAUUCGAGGAGCUGUUUGGUGCUACAUAUCCAGCUUUUGAACCCAUCCCGCCCCGGAAGCUCACGAAUCUGAUCGAAAUCCUCCAACUUGUGGUAACAACGGAAGCGAGCUUCCACCGUUUCUCGGACUGGGCAACGGUACAUUUUCUUCGUCAGGCCGGGGCUACCGUCAAGCAUCACAGACUCGAGGAGCAUGGAAUCCGUGGAAAUGGACACCUCUGCUUCCUGGAGAAAAACAGCAACGAUGUGGCCAACCAUGUGCUCAACUGGUUGCAUAACGAGACAGAUGUCCCGAAAUUACAGGUUCUUGAAGCUCGGCCCUCUCCUUCCCUGGCCAUCAGCCCAUCGGGCGACCAUAGGCAGUCCUUAAUUCUACCCUCUGAAAAGACAUGCCCAACGAAACAGAGACCAGUGGAAACUGAGCUGAAGCCGAUCAACACCAUAGCGAACUCAAGUCAAAGAUAA